GCGCGGUGGAGGGGUGAGCCUCCCUUCGGACUCUGCGGCUGGACCCCCCCCCCCCCCGCCCCCUUAGUACCUUCUGCCGCGAGACGGCCAUUGGGAGAGGGGGGGUCACGACGCUAAGAGAAACAGGAUGAAUAUGACUCAAGUCCGGGUUCUGGUGGCUGCCGUGGUGGGUGUGGUGGUCGCCUUUCUCUAUGCCUCCAUCCACAAAAUCGAGGAAGGACACCUGGCCGUGUACUACAGGGGAGGAGCUUUACUAACUACCCCCAGUGGACCGGGCUAUCACAUUAUGUUGCCUUUCAUUACUACGUUCAGAUCUGUGCAGACAACACUACAAACUGAUGAAGUUAAAAAUGUGCCUUGUGGAACAAGCGGUGGGGUCAUGAUCUAUAUUGAUCGAAUAGAAGUGGUUAAUAUGUUGGCCCCUUAUGCAGUGUUUGAUAUUGUGAGGAACUACACUGCAGACUAUGACAAGACCUUAAUCUUCAAUAAAAUCCACCAUGAACUGAACCAGUUUUGCAGCGCCCACACACUUCAAGAAGUUUACAUUGAAUUGUUUGAUCAAAUAGAUGAAAACCUGAAGCAAGCUCUGCAGAAAGAUUUAAAUGUCAUGGCACCAGGCCUCACCAUACAGGCUGUGCGUGUUACAAAACCCAAAAUCCCAGAAGCCAUAAGAAGAAAUUUUGAGUUAAUGGAGGCUGAGAAGACAAAACUUCUUAUAGCUAUCCAGAAACAAAAGGUGGUGGAGAAAGAAGCUGAGACAGAGCGGAAAAAGGCUAUUAUAGAAGCAGAGAAGAUUGCACAAGUGGCAAAAAUUUGGUUUCAGCAGAAGGUGAUGGAGAAAGAAACUGAAAAACGGAUUUCUGAAAUUGAAGAUGCCGCGUUCCUGGCCCGAGAGAAGGCAAAAGCAGAUGCUGAAUAUUAUGCUGCACAUAAAUAUGCCACGUCGAACAAGGGGAAGUGUGUGCUCAGCCAUUCAAGAGAUAGAAGGCCAGAGAGAAGAUGGCCAGGAUGUGGUAAGUGUAAAGAAGACUCACUACACCUGGGACCGGGCUCUCUUUAGGGUCUGCAGUGUACAUCCAUGUGAUUAGCAUCUAGUCUGCUGAAGUUCCCCAGGAAAUGAUCUUCCAGUUGAGCAACCAUUUACUUGAUACAAUGUGCACAUUUUUGUUUUCCUACAGUCAAGUUGGUGGCUUGCUGGGACAUGCACCUUGCCACUCAACCAGAUUCCUUGUAGAGAUUCCUAAUCACUAGUUUAUUGCAUUAGUAGGCUCAGAGAUAGAGCUUGGUUUGAAGUUUUGGAUGAGAUGAAACCUUGGCUUUGAAUCAAAGUUCUGGGGACCUGAAUUCUCCUCCAUUGGGUGAUGACUGUCUGUGUCACUGCCUCAGGCUGUGUGUGACUAAGGUACUUGGUUUCUUGUCACAGACAACUCCUUAUAAGUCACCUCUCAGCUCUGGCUGGCCAAGAGCAAGACAGGGCUUUACCAGAAAUAGGAGCAGCAUACAAUUCCUAGCUAUUCACUGCACAGUAUUGUAUCAUAACUGCAGGAAGUUUUUUAACUGGAUUUGGGGUACAUUCAUUUGCCCUAGUACCUCUGCCUAAAGGCUCUAUUCUAGGCUGCCAUGGUUACUAGCACACGAAUUCUCCUUCUCAAUAUUGUUCAUCAGGAGCCUACAUGGUGUGGAACAAAGAGUAACUUGGUCAUUUUUGUCUCCUUCCCUAUUGGCCCUGAGAUGCUGAAAUCAAAGUUGUUCUCCAGCUUCACCUUCCCUAGGAGAUUAGGAUUCCACUGACUUCCUGGGCAGCCAGUGGAUUUAAUCUUCCAUGAGAGGAUGACAGAUUAAUCUGUGGCUAUGAGAGACCUAUUUCACCUGUACUUUUUUUUUCCUUAAUGAUUAAUUUUCUUAAAAAAGUGUGCCCCAUAGUUAGGCCUGAGUAUGUGCAGCUUGUUAAGACCUUUUGUGUAGACUUUGUUCAAGCCAGACAGAAAAGUCAUGGGAUCCUUCCAGCAACCUCUCAGCUGACUCUCAGUCUCAUGACAGUUGUGAGUUGUGCCAAACACUUUAUGGGAAUGGAAUCCCAGAUUUGAGUGGGUCUUUUCCUUGGGCCUUAUCCUAUAAAAGCAUUUGUAAUAUGGAGAGAAUCUUUUUUUUUUUUCAUUUUUGCUCAUUAAUUGUAUGCAUUCUCUUUUUGAGUGAAUUUUGUGUUCUCUAGCCCUCAAAAGAACUUUUGAACUAAAAAUAAACUUCUCCUGUCAUAUAUUGUUGCUGCAGAUAAUGAUUGUUGUGGGAAACUUGGAUCAUUGGUUUUUGUGCUUUCAUUACUAGAGAUGUUUUCUAUUCCCAUGAGCUAAAAGUUGCUGCCCCAAAGUGAUGGAUGUGGGUUAUCUUACAAGCCACAAGCCCUGGUGGCAGAGUUGAGGGGCAGGGAAAUCACAUGGUGAAGUUUUAAAGAAAGUACUUCCACUUGAACUGUGCUUCCCUGUGCUCACUCAGGCACUAGGUCUAGCCCUCCUUCAGGGAUGUUCCUUUUGGCAAAUAUAUACUGUAAUCUUGAGUCUAAAUUUAUAUGUGAAAUGCUACCUUUUUUUAAAAAAAGAAACUAAAUAAAAUUAUUUUACUAUCAGU